AGUGUGUUUAUUGAAUCAGAGUCAGAAAGAGAGAAGGAACGGAAGUGUUUUCUUUGGAGCGACACAGCUCUUCCUUUUUCAUAUUUGUCGAGACGUGCUGGGUGAAAACAGAUGGACAAGAUGAACCACAGCUCAGCUGAGGCAGAGGCUGAAACCAUAGAACCACUGCGUUACCUCAGUAAAGGGGAGGCAGCAGCUAUCGAGACAGAGCUACUGAAGGACUACAGGUUUGGACAACAGCAGCUGAUAGAGAUCUGGGGACAAGCAUGCGCCCUUGCCAUCACAAAGGCCUACCCUCUCGGCUCUCUAGCAAAGAAGCAGCCAACAGUGCUGGUGAUCUGUGGUCCAGACCAAAAUGGCUCCAUUGGCCUGGUGUGUGCCCGACACCUGCGCAUAUUUGAAUAUGAGCCCACCAUCUACCACCCUAAACGCUCCUCUCACAGUCUACACCAGGAUUUCACAGUUCAGUGUGAGAAGAUGGACAUCCCUUUCCUCUCCUACCUCCCCACAGAGGUGCAGCUCAUAAAUGAUGCCUACAACCUAGUGAUUGAUGCCAUGCUGGGCCCAGAGGCAGACUGUGCCAACAUUAAGGAGCCUUACUCUGGUAUCCUGAUAACCCUGAAGCAAGUCAAGAUCCCCAUUGUCAGUGUGGAUGUGCCUUCAGGUUGGGAUGUCGAAGAACCAAGUCAGGACGGGAUAAACCCAGAAGUUCUCAUCUCACUUACAGCACCAAAGAAGUGUGCCAUGAGUUUCUCGGGGAAGCAUUUCUUGGCCGGACGCUUCCUGCCCUAUGACAUCCAGAAAAAAUACGAGCUUAACCUCCCAGACUACCCUGGCACAGACUGUCUCAUAGAAUUGUAA